UUAUAUAAACAAAAGUAGAUAAAACCGAUGCUCACUUUUAUAAACACUUCCAUUUCAUUUUUCCUCCUUAUUAUCUCAUCUUCUUCCUCUCCAUCUUUCUUGUUCUUGAAGAAUUAGAUUAAUGGCUGUUCACUGCAAUUCUUUAGCUCAAAUCCCAAUUCAGAAAUAUGAUAAUUCAUUUGUGAAAUAUUCAAACAAUUUGUUGAUGUCCAAACGAUGCUAUGCUCCAAAGAAAAAGUCAACAGUUGGUCCAGUUCUAUUGAAAAUCACAGCAUCCAUCAAGAACAAGGUUGUUUAUGAGGAUGAGUCUCAAGGCAUAAUUUGCUACCAAGAUGAAAGUGGAGAAAUAAUUUGUGAAGGGUAUGAUGAAGGGCCAUCUUAUAGACAAAUUUCAAGACCAACCCAUCACCAAAGGGAUGUUGAAAUUGUGAAUCUUCUAAAACAAAGUUGGUUUCAAAUUGCAAAAGGGAAAGAAAUUGAUGAUGCAGUUGAAGGUGGUCGUUUGCAAGAGGAUUUAAUUUGAAUUGCAAUAAAAUGGUUUAACUUCUUUAACUAAUCAAUCUUGCCUUUGUCACACUCAUAGCUUUGAGGUUUGAAGAGUGUAAUAGUAUGUAAAUUAUAAAAUGUGAAUAGUGUAUCCUAUAGCACAUGUGUAGUAGGUUAGUUCCUGCAGCACAUUUUUCAUUUUACUUGCAAGUUGUACAAAUUAAUAAUAGCAAUGUUUUUAUCAA